GAAGAAGAAGAAGAAGAAAAAUAAGAAGAGGACGUUUGAAGAGUCAAAAAAGAUGACGACUUCCUGGAGUGACCGCUUGCAGAACUAUGCUGACAUCCCAGCUAACAUGGAUGGUGUGGCCAUGAAGAAGUAUCGUCGUGAAGCUCACCAUAGCUUGCCAAAGGAUCUGGCUCAAAACCAUCCUGCAAUGAGAGUUUUUGUCAACCGAAGCCUGGCCAUGGAGAAGAUCAAAUGUUUUGGUUUUGAUAUGGAUUACACUCUGGCAGUGUAUAAAUCUCCUGAAUAUGAAUCGCUGGGCUUCGACUUGACAGUGGAGCGUCUGGUGUCCAUUGGGUAUCCGCAAGAGCUGCUCAACUUUGUCUACGAUCCGUCCUUCCCCACCAGAGGUCUGGUGUUUGACACAAUGUAUGGCAACCUGCUCAAAGUAGAUACCUAUGGGAACAUCCUGGUGUGUGUGCACGGAUUUAACUUCUUGAGAGGGCCUGACAUCAGGGAGAUGUACCCCAACAAAUUUAUUCAACGUGGAGACACAGACCGCUUCUACAUCCUCAACACACUCUUCAACCUGCCUGAAACUUACCUCUUUGCUUGCCUGGUGGAUUUUUUCAGUACCUGCUCCAGAUACACAAGCUGUGAGACUGGCUUCAAAGACGGUGACCUUUUAUUGUCCUACAAGAGCAUGUUCCAGGACGUCAGAGACGGCGUAGACUGGGUUCAUUUUAAGGGGUCCUUAAAAGAAAAAACAGUUGAAAACCUGGAGAAGUAUGUGGUUAAAGAUCCGAAGCUUCCUCUCCUGCUCAGUCGCAUGAAUGAAGUAGCCAAAGUAUUUCUGGCCACCAACAGUGAUUACAAAUACACAGAGAAAAUUAUGACCUACCUGUUUGACUUCUCUCACGGGCCAAAGCCGGGUACUUCCCAUCGGCCAUGGAAGUCCUACUUUGACCUGAUCUUGGUGGACGCCCGCAAACCUGUGUUCUUUGGAGAGGGAACAGUGCUGCGGCAGGUUGACACUACCACAGGUCGGUUAAGGAUUGGCACUUACACUGGACCGCUCCAGCAUGGUAUCGUUUACUCUGGAGGUUCUUCAGACAUUGUGUGUGACUUGCUGGGUGCUAAAGGAAAGGACAUCGUCUACAUUGGAGACCAUAUAUUUGGUGACAUUCUCAAAUCCAAAAAGCGUCAGGGCUGGAGGACGUUUCUGGUGAUCCCUGAGCUGGCCCAGGAGCUGCAUGUGUGGACUGACAAGAGCUCCAUAUUUGAGGAACUUCAGUCUCUGGAGUGUUUCCUGGCAGAGCUCUACAAGCAUCUGGACAGCAGCAGCAAUGAGAGGCCAGACAUCAGCUCACUGCAGAGACGGAUUAAGAAAGUGACCCAUGACAUGGACAUGUGCUACGGCAUGAUGGGAAGUCUGUUCCGCAGUGGAUCCCGACAGACGCUGUUUGCCUCCCAGGUGAUGCGCUACGCUGACCUGUAUGCCGCCUCCUUCAUCAACCUGCUGUACUACCCGUUCAGCUAUCUGUUCAGAGCUGCACAUGUGCUGAUGCCUCAUGAGUCCACAGUGGAGCAUACCCACGUCAACAUCAUCGACACAGAGUCGCCGCUUGCAACACGAAACCGCCAUGACAUGGACCUCAAGGAGAUCGAGUGCAAACGACACCAGCUCACCCGAUCCGUCAGCGAAAUCCAACCCCCCCACUUCUUCCCCCAGGCUCCGCAGGAGAUCACCCACUGCCAUGACGAGGAUGAUGAUGAGGAGGAGGAGGAGGAGGAGGAGGAGGAGGAAGAAUAGAUGUAGGUUGAAGGAUCAGAGGAGGCUGCAGAUGAGUCUUCCUCUCACAGUUCAUCCUCUUCUCACAUUUCAAGUUCAUCUUUUUGUUUUAAGUAUUAAUAAUACCUAACAUGACUCUCAUUGUUACAAUUAAAAAUACAGGUACACUGUACAACUGUAAAGUUAAAAAGGAUUUAAAUGAUUGGACGGUUAAAUUUAACAAGGCAUGGAAUUGCCACUCGCUGAGUCUUGUUUUGUUUGAAUAUUUAGUUUUUUCUGGGUUUGUUUGAGGAGGAACAUCUCUGCUGCUGUGUGUAUCAUUCAGGUCAUCAGGAGCCAGAGUUCAGUGUGCAAUUUAUUCAUUUGCACUGUAAACAUUUCACUGCCCUGCUGCUUAAAAACUAACAUUAUCCUUAGCUUAGCCUAGCUGAUAAACCGCCCUUUAACUGCUAAGCCACAUUAGUCAGAUAUUUUGCCUUUUUUUGGGAACAUUCAUUUUUUAGGUGUUAUUUAUUUCCACCUCUAAAGAGUUGUCGCUAACAGAAGAGACGUGAGGAUGUAAUGAGAUACUUCUGCUUAGAUAUUUUAUCAGAAGAAGCAAUUCAAGCUGUUUGAAAUAUCCACACAAAUACGUGAUGUUGUGAAAUGCAGUUUCUUUUACCCACAGUGGCCUCAUGCAGAACGCACUGCUGCAACAAGACGAGAUGUUUGAGUCAUCUCGCCUCAGUUUGAGAAAGCAGCGAGCGCUCAUCCCCAUUGUUUAGGGUUUUAAUGAAGACACCGCACAUAAGGGUGGAUUCAUACUUGAAGAAAACAUAACUUUAGUUUUUAUAUUGAAUACAGCUGCUUAAAAAUAGGAUUUGGCCAUGGUUCUACUGUAGAUGAUAACUUUCAGUUCAGCAGAGUUUACACGGCCUGCUGUGGUGAGCUGAAGUCAUCAGGAAGUUGCUUCAUCGUAUCACAUCCUGUUCACUUAAGAAACCAGCUUAGAGUAACAUCACCUACUUAUCAACCCCGUAAAUCCUCUUGCAGUGUUCUAAAAUGGGACCACAUUUCCCAUAAGUCAUAGAAUUUAAAAUAUUUUUGUUACCCUGAAGUCAUUUUUUGUUGUUUUCUUCGGCUGUAAAUGUUUUUAAAGUUACUUCAAGACAAAUGUAGGUCUCAUAAGCCAGCACAGUGUUCACAAAGAACGGUUACUCUUUGAUUCAUCUCACUUUGAGUUGUUACAGAGUUUGUUUUGAUCAUGAAUGUCGACUUGUUUUAAUCUGAAGAAAGAUGCAGGAUAAUGUAUGGAAGCCCAUUUCUGCCAGGAAUAACAAAGUUAAGAAUGAUUUCAAUAACAACGCGAGGUUAAAAUGAUCACAUUUACAUGUCAGUGUUUCGGCUUAGUUAGAUUUUAAAACAAUGACAUGUUUCCUUUUCAGAUACAUGAUGAACACUUAAUACAGUUAAAUGUAGUCAUUUUGUCUUGACUGUAUUAUCAUGAAAAUAUGAAGCAAGCAAAGAUCAUUUUGACUCAUUUUUUAAUGUUUUAAUAGAUGUUUUUCAAAGUUCAUUGAUUAUUUAAAAUCAAACUUUUAGUUUUGUUGAUUUUAAAUAUCCACGAGAAUUACCAUUAUCGCCAUUUAAAAGAUGGUGAGUUUUUUAUUUCUGGCACUAAUGGUCUUCUGUACCGCGGUGACCUGCUGCUGUACUGACUGUAGAAACUGAUCAGGGCUGUCCCCAGAUCUGUCUGCUGUAAACAUGCUGUUACUGUAAUGUAAGAAGUGCUGUGCUGUCAUUGAGUACAGUUGUGGGCCUCGCGCACUAAGGUCACAUACUGUUGACAUGACUGUUUAUUUUACCGCUGACUCGGCUGUUUUUUUUGUCCAUUUUUUCUAUAUUUAUGUUACUACCUUGAGUUUAAGGACCUGAACAGGAGGACCUGUUUGCCUCAAAUGUUUUAUCUGAAUUAAUCAUACAGAACUACAUACUGAACCACAGAAGGCUGAUCAAGCCUUUUCUUCUGACUGAGUGUGAGAUUGUAUUGUGUGAUCACACAAGAAGUUUGCCAUUUGAACUGUUAAAGCUGCCUCAUCCUUGGAGUUUGUUUAAAUGUCCCUCUGUCAGGGAGAGAGACCUUUGUCCACUCUGUUGCACCUUUGGAUUCUUAUCUUGUUAUUUGAGUAUGUGUGUGACUCUGUUGUAGAAACACAUGUUACAGAGUGGCCCAUGUUUCAGUGCACAUAUGAUUUGUAAUGGUUUCAUAUUCAGAUCACUUGAGGGAACUGUUAAGCAUGCUGAUUUGAAUUAGAGUGCUACUGAUCGCUUGGAAGUUUGAUUAGACUUCGCACGUUUUAAAGUGUUAAAUAAAACAAAUGAAUGUUUUUACUUUUGAUCUGCAGUAGUUAAUGCAUGUGUGUUUUUUUUUCUUUUGCUGUUUAAUCUGAAAUGUUGCCUUUUUUUGGAAUGAUGUUGAAAAUCAGGGACGCUGCAGUUGAAACGGUUUGGGUUAUGGGUUAUGUUUGCAAUACAUUUUCUGAUCUGA